UUUUUUAUUGGAAACCCCCGUCAUUCUUUUCGGUGCCGCGCUCCCAAAGGGUUAUAAAGUCUCCGUGCAUCAAGAAUACUAUUGAUGCGUUAGUUAAAGCUGUUUUACUAUAGAGAGUGCACUUAUCUCUUGCGUGCUUAUUGUGAGCCUCAGGGAGUUUGGAACAAACGAGAUUGUGCUAGCUAAGCUGCAAGCCUGGAAAAAAACAAACAGCAGAAUUCGGUAGAUAAAAUGUGCUGCUAAGUGCAAUCGCGCUAAGUGCUUGUUUAUUAACUCAGCCGCGCCACACAAGCUCGAAUAGUCCAAUAUUUAAGCUAGAAGAACUGUUACCAUGCGAAGGGCAUAUGAAUUACCUCUACCCGCACAAAGAAGUGCUCUGGCCUUAUAGCUGAAGGCCGCAACGAAAGACCAUUACGCGCGCGUAGCGUGACACACACAUCGUACGAUAAUCAUUCGAUGUUUUUACGCAACCAGUGAGUGUGUUAACACUGCGGUGAUACGCAUAAGGGUGAUGGCACGACACAUAUGAGCUCUUUAUAAGGCAAGCGUUCCUCGUACUGUAAUAGGAGGCUGAUGAUGUCCUUAAAGUAUUUAGUCAUUUACUAGUUUUGUUGUUGUUGUGCUCUCGUCAAUCAACUCUCUCCAAUCAAUAAUGCGAAUGAAUAAUGCGAUCAAGCAAGCUAGGCAAUGCGAAUGCAUUUGAAACAUUUGUGUACCGGAAGCCAGAACCAACCUUUUCCUGCUUCACUCAUAGUGAAGUGGCGCUCUAAUAGCGUUCUUGGGCACCAAAGUAGCCAAUAUAUUUGUUUUCGGGUUGUUUAUCAUCUUUAGCCUGCAAAUUGGGCUGGGCUAACCACGCAUAACAAGUGCUGAUGGUCAACAGAACAACUAGCCACAGCCAGGAGGAACUAAUUGCAAAAAUGGUUCUCAUGAACGGUAACUUAGACGUGACAUACGGGCACAACAAUAACCGACACGAUGAACAACAUCAUCGUCACCACUCUUCGAAUAGUACCAAAUUUCCCACAACUGUCGACGAUGUAUCGUCAGCUGGCGGUCAUGCGAAGAAAACGAACGCAUCGACUGACGACGAUCGAUCCGCUCGACAAUCGCUCAUUCUGUUGCUGGCAAUCUUCUGCGCUAGCUUGUUUGCGAUGCUGUACGUAUAUGCCAUGUUUCCGCAGCUGAAUGAGUCAGAGAAGCAGUACAUCAAAGUGCCAUUUGAUAUUGAAGAUGCUAAACAGCUCGGCCGGGUAUUGGAUCGCUACAAGGAUCUCUAUUAUCUCGAAGUGAUGUCUGGCAUCGUAUUGGUGUAUAUAUUUCUGCAAACGUUUGCCAUACCGGGCUCACUGUUCCUUUCAAUAUUGAGCGGAUUUCUGUAUAGCUUCCCGGUGGCGCUCACGCUCGUCUGCUUCUGCUCGGCCCUUGGAGCCACGCUGUGCUAUCUGUUGUCGCAGCUCGUUGGACGGCGGCUGGUAAAAUUUUACUUUCCCGAACGGGCACGUCUCUGGGCGGCCCAGGUCGACCAUCACCGGGCAGAUUUGCUAAGCUAUAUGCUGUUCCUGCGCAUGACCCCGUUCCUGCCGAACUGGUUCAUCAACCUGGUCGCCCCGGUCAUCGGCGUGCCGCUAUUUCCUUUUGCCCUCGGCACCUUUCUCGGCGUGGCCCCGCCAUCCUUCAUUGCGAUACAGGCAGGCAAGACACUCUAUAAGAUGACCAGCUCGAGCGAUGCAUUUAGUUGGGGCUCGAUUGCCCUUCUGGCCGUCUUUUCCGUCGUGGCGCUCGUGCCUGUAAUUUUCAAACGCUACUUCAAGACGAAAAUUGAUUAAACAUGCAUGCUCUUGAAUUGGCUGUAGUGUGUUCAGCUAGGAAAAGCUAAUGUCUCGAAGCAAAGCAACCUCAAAGAAGCAUGUAAAUAACACGCCGAUAUCAUUUGCAUAAGGAGUCAAACAACCGCAGUAGCAGCAGCUACAUUAACGAUUUUCCUUUCGGUGCGCCCUAGCAGGACACUCCAUAAUAGCCCAAUAAUCUAGCCAAAGAAGACACGCGUUUAGUCGCGUUUUAAGGGUUAUAGUCGUAAUGUUAGUCAGUAUCUAGUUUAACGCUCGGAAGUAGCCCAUAAGCUUAGAAAAGCAACAGUAUGAGUACAUCGCGUCCCGUUUUCAAAACAGAAGUCAUAUGUAUAUUAUUGUCAUUUUUGUCUGUCCUUGCAAAUAUAGUUCCCUUAAAAUUACUACACAAAAGGCCUACAUUUGGCUUCAGAUCCAUACUUAGCUCUGGAGGGAGGACACUACAGAAUGUGGACAGGGAAUUGGUUUGCUUGGACUAGUUGGCCUUUUGUUUGUUUAUUUUUGUAUAGUAACAGUAUCAACUAUGUACUGUAGGCACCGAUGUCUCGUUACUUCAAAAAAGAUGAUGGAAAUUACCUUGAUUAACUGUAAUUGCACUGAGUUUAUAUAAAUUUACUCAUAUGCAGUAGCAACACGUAGAAGUGCCACCUAGCGUUUACAACCUGUGCUAACCAAUGCAUGUCGCUCGUCAGUCGUCUCGUCCGCUAUAAGAUGUCCAAAAUCCCAAAUACUAUUCUGCUCGAACGGAUUACGAAAUUGAUGAUCCUGUGGGCAGUAAAGAGCGCGAUUACGAAUUCACCAAAACAAUAUUCAUAUAGCAAAAAAAUCACCAGUUGGGACAGGCGUGUGAUGUUACUUGAAUAGCUAGUUCGAAUGAUCGAAGAUAUGACGAAGAAUAUGAGGUACCACACAUAAGGCUCAACUAUACUUAUAAAAGACGAUUACAGAAGGAAAUAAGUGCAUAAAUAAAGUGAUUUUGAUUCAUUUCUCAAGAUUUCCCCGGAAGCGAGCACAAAGUAUUUUGCCACUAAAUUGUGAACUAAAGCUCCUCACUAAUCCGAGCAAUCCAAACCGAUAUUGUUGGGUUCACAGAGUUCGCUGUUUCUGGCACUUACCAACAAACUACAGAAUGGACCGAACACAAUUGACAGAGUAAGCGUUGUGGAAUACAAGUGAACAAAUCUGCGCCUCUAGUGUAAAUACUGAAAUGAUGAAUAGUCAAAUAAAUACAUUAGGACCGUAUCUGGACUGUAUAUAAUUGUUUAGCCUCUGCCUAUAGAUUGCCUUAUUUUAAGCCCUAAAACCUUUUUAACAACAAAUAGCGAUUAGAAACGUUUGAUUUAUGCGAGACUUUCAGCAAUAAAAAAAUUGUGAUCGUGGAAAGAAAGAAUUGUAACGAAGCUCAAUUUCUCAUCAUAAGUCAUAAGUUACCGAGAGCAAGAUCACGUUGAGGGAUACUUUUGUCUAUCGAGUAAGUUGCGUCACAGGGUAUUAUGUAUACGGUAGUGUUCUUUUUUAUUACUGCUUCUUUGGAUAAAAAUAAUGAGGCAUGUCCAUCGAGCACGGUAUAUAUUCCGGCAUUGGUUAACUUAGCCCGGGUUCCUCCGAAUAAAAUGAUAAUAAAAGAUA